AUGGAAGUUGUACAAAAAAAUGAAGCCUUCAAAAAGAUUGAUGGGAAGAUGAAAUUUUCCUAUGUCGAGGUUUUUGUCCGGCAAGACGGCACACUAUAUUCUGGAAAAUGGAAGAAUCGAUUCGAAUCCCCCAAGACGCUGGAAGAUCUAGACGAGGUCAAGCAGAUCCCAACACAGGAUAGGGGCCCAGAGGUGAAAACCAGUUGGUCAGCCGUCUACGUGAAAACCCCAAGUCUACUGGCGUAUGUCAAUGGAGGUAUCGAAAAGCAAAUCACUCGCGAAGUGGAAACAUGCGAAAUCCUUCUCAAGCAUCCCCAUCCGAAUAUCGCGACCUAUUAUGGCUAUAUGGAGACUAACGGCCGGGUCUCUGGGCUAUGCUUCAAGCGAUAUACAUCUACGCUACUAGAAGCGGUCAACCCUCAACGCCUUAACAAGGUCGCUUUCCUUUCAAGUGCUCGUGAGCUGGUAAAAGAAAAUAUGAAGAGGGGCCUAGAAGGGAUUCUGUCUGCCGUCAAGCAUCUUCACUCGUUUGGACUUGUCCAUAACGACAUCAACCCGGCUAACAUUAUGCUUGAUGAAGAUGGUAGGCUUGUUCUCAUCGAUUUCGAUAGUUGUCGGUUUAUCGGUGAGUCGUUGAGACACACCGAAGCGAAAAGAACACACCAAUGGCAUGAUCCUUCUGUCGAUAUCUCGGUGGAGAAGAAUGACCUUGACGCUUUUAGAGAUUUGAAAAUUUGGCUGGCUGGAUCGGUGGAUGAAGUCUUUCUUUUCUAA